AUGGUUAGUGUUGCUUUCCUAGAUCCAGGAAAUUAUUCCACUGCCGUGUCAGCAGGAAACGCAUACAAGUAUAGUUUACUAUUUUCCAUACUAUUGUCAAAUUGUCUUGCAAUUUUCCUACAGACGCUAGCGGCAAAACUAGGUGCUGUUACAGGGUUGGACCUAGCUGCCAAUUGCAAAGCACAUUUCCUGUUUAGAACCAACCUUGUGCUAUACAUUAUGACAGAAAUUGCCAUUAUUGCAACUGACUUGGCUGAAGUUGUAGGCACGGCUAUUGCAUUAAACAUUUUAUUCAAGAUUCCAUUGUUUUUGGGAGUCAUUGUUACCGUGAUUGAUGUCUUGAUUGUGUUGGCCGCAUACAGACCUAAAGGGCCACUUUUGUUUAUUCGUAUAUUUGAAUCGUUUGUCUCGAUAUUGGUGGCAGCUACUGUUGUUUGUUUUGGUAUUCAAUUGUAUCAAGUCAGUCAUGACAAGUCAAUCAAUUUUUCCGCCAUGGAGGUGUUGCAGGGCUUUCUUCCAAAUGAAAAAGUUGUUGAUAUGUCGGAAAGAGAAGGUGGAAAUGGGUUAUUUUUGAGUUUGGCCAUAUUGGGAGCCACAGUGAUGCCUCAUUCCUUAUAUCUUGGUUCUGGGUUGGUCCAAUCGAGGUUGAAAGAUUAUGAUAUCAAGAAUGGAUUUUAUAAGCCAUUACCUAAACUGAAACCACAUUCAUCUUUAUCAGCGACGUCUACAAGUGAUGAAAUAACUAUCAAUCCGGGAGAUCAAGAAAUCAUUGACCACGAACAGACUCCUGUGCAUCUGGGCACGCCAAGUGUGUCUCGUGUUGCUACUUUCGACCCUGCAGACACAACCACACUCGGAGAAGAUGAAGAGGAAGAUUAUAGACCCUCGAUCCACGCUAUCAAAGAUACAAUGUCGUACACCAUCAUAGAGUUGGUGAUUUCACUUUUCACAGUUGCAUUAUUUGUCAACUCUGCCAUUUUGAUUGUUGCAGGAGCCACGCUCAAUAGUUCCAAAGUUGACACACGCGAUGAUCACGAUGACGGGAAUGACUCUGAUUACGAUUCAGAUAAAGAUGAUAAUUACGAAAAUGCCGAUUUAUUCACAAUAUAUCACUUGCUUUCUAAACACUUGUCUCCAACGGCUGGAUUUGUGUUUGCUUUAGCAUUGUUGUGUUCGGGUCAAAGUGCUGGUGUUGUGUGCACCUUGGCAGGACAGAUGGUUUCCGAAGGAUUUUUGAAUUGGAGUUUACCUCCAAUCACGAGAAGAUUAAUCACACGUGGAUUGGCCAUUGCACCAUGUUUAUUUGUUGUCACUUUUGCUGGUAGAGAGGGAUUAGCAAAGACAUUGAAUGCAAGUCAAGUUGUAUUAUCGUUGCUUUUGCCUAUUGUUAGUGCCCCUUUGAUUUGGUUCACUUGUAAUAAGCAUACAAUGAAGGUGCCCAUUUAUGUACGCGAUGGUGAUGAAGAUGUUGAUAUUGCAAGUAAUUUGUUUGAUGAUGAAAUUGGUAAUACGGCACCUAUCAAUACUCAAAUUAAUGCAAAAAGAUUUACAAGUUCCGAGCCAGCAAUUAGGCUUCAAGAUUUGCGCAAGUCUCACCCAUGUGCUGGCUGGGAAGACGAUGAUGAGGAUGACGACGAGGAGGAAAAUGGGAACCGUCACGAUCCAUUGACUAGAAACUAUAAUGAAGAGAGUAGGCGGUUGAUCAAUGGUGAUGAUAAUGAUGACGGAGAGGAACAAGAGGAAGAAUCACAAACCAGUUUUGAGAAUGACAACCAUGCACAGCCUCACAGUAUUACUAAACCAAGAUCAAAUUCUAAUGCUUUCAUUUCCAAGAAGCCACUUUCUGAUUCAAGUGCUGUGUCAUCGUCUUCCACUCUGCCUAUUGUGUUUACCGAUACAGAAGACGAUUAUCUUGAUGAGGAAAAUUAUCGAAUCAAGGGAUACAAGGACUUUAGUAAUUCGACAUUGACUUCGGUGUUUGCAAUUUUGAUUUGGAGUUUUAUUACAUUGUUGAAUAUUUACUUGGUCGUGAAUAUGCUCCUCGAUACAUAG